GGUCAUGCGGGUUUAUCUGAGUGUAGGCAUAAACCGGUUGCGUGUGUUAGAUAGCACAUUGCAUAUGUUUCUGAAACUUUGAUUGAUACAGCCAGUACGCAAAACAAAAGAUGUUGUCGAAGCUGAGUUAUGUAUCGCGACCAAUGGAUCGGCCAUAUUUGUACACUACGUUUGCUGAGCGUCUUCAUCAACUUGCGGAAGCUCAACCUACAAAGGAAGCGUUUGUAUUCUACGACUUCCACGGAUCCCGGUCCUCUUUGACUCGUAAGCAGCUGCUUGAACAGUCAGUAGCGGUUGGAAAACGUUUUGUUCAACUUGGAGUUAAGAAAGGCACACCGGUUGCGAUGAGCAUGUACAAUUCCUUCGACAUGUUGCUGCUGCAGACCGGAUUGAUGCUAGCAGGCGGUGUUCCUGUUUAUUUGAGUACAACACUGAAAGACGGAAGUGAUUUAAUCGAUAUGUUGAAUGCGAUGGAAGUAGAAAUUCUGAUUAUGGAUGUACUCAGUAAAGAUGCAGUGGCAAUCAUAGAAAAACUUUUUGACAAUAGCUGUCCAACGGUCUCUUUAAAACACAUUCUCUACUCGGGUAACAUUAUCGAGGACCAUGCUGGCAAGAUUACUAAAAUGUAUAUCAAAGAGUUUCUUGUGAGUCCUGCUCCAGAAGAUGUUGUGUUCCCAGAUCUUCAACCGGAAGACACAUUGGCCCAUUUUUGCUCCUCUGGUUCCACGGGAAAACCGAAAGCAAUCACGUACACACACUUUGGAAUGCUCAACUGGACUGCCCUGACCAAUGCUGCAUUUGGUAUAAAGGACCAAAGUGUUUGGUUCUGCGACAGAACAUUCAGUUGGGUGGUGGGAUAUCCACGGACAUAUUUUAUUGAGGGUACUACGAGGGUUUUCUUUGACAUGCGAAUGACGGUGUCAGGAAAAGAAGUCAAACGUGUCUUCGAUAUCAUAGAAGCGGAACGAUGCGAUGUUAUAUACCUGCCGGGAUACUUGCUAAGGGAUGUAUGCAGUCGUUCUGAUUUGUCAGAUAAAUUAAGAUUCGUAAAAAGCUUUGUGUUGUCAGGCGAACGUAUUUCUCGUUCAGCGGUGACCGAGUUGCAAAAGAUCGCUCCUACAGCUUCACUCCACUCCUACUAUGGAACCACAGAGACGGGCGGCACUGCUUCGUAUACAAUGACGGAUCCCUCACAGUGGGAAGAUGGCAUUAUUGGUUCGCCGUUCCGGGGGGUUGAGAUGAAACUAGUGGAUGACAAUGGGUGUGUAGUACCAAAAGGUGAAUCCGGCGAAUUGCUUGUCCGCUGUGCAUGGCGGUUUAGAGGGUAUAAGACCAAAGAAUUCGGAGUUGAUGACCUAAACUGGUUUCACACCGGCGACGUAGCCUUUCUUCGAGACGACCAUCAGUUGGUAAUAAACGGCCGUAAAAAGGAACUUAUCUCGAUUGGGACAUCGAAGUUCUUACCUUGGCAAAUUGAAGAAGUCCUCCGGAAAUGCCCUGGAGUCGCAAAUGCUUUUGCUUUCGGUGUGCCCGAUCCAAGACUUAAACAGGUUGUGUGCGCAUGCGUGGUUUCUAAGUCAGGCGUUCAACUGACGACAGACGACCUUGUUAAAUACUGCGAUGACACGUUUUUAGACGAGGAUCCUGCACUGGUAGUUUGCGGCAAACCCACGUAUCACGUAAUACUAUAAAAAGUGCCCCUGCUAGCCUCAGGUAAAAUAAAUCGGCUGGAGAUUUGUCGGACGGCCAUCGACAAACUCGGUCUUUGAACAGAUGCAUGCUGUUUUUUAUAUUAUUGUUGAAGGUAUAUUUUUUAUGUCACUGAUACUGUGCUAUGCAGGGUGUAUCCGAGAGAUAAAACUGUUUUGUGUAGUGUAUUAUUAAUCAACUGUAAAUGCCACUGUAACCGGGAACCGUAUUGAGAAUCUUAUGUAACUGUGAAUUGAUGACGUUGUAUCCGGCAAAAAUGCAAGCUGGUAAUACCACAUGAAGAUACUAACAAUCGGUAAUUUGAAGCGUUAUUGGGUAGAUUACCAUGUACACCGGUAAUAAGCAAUUGUUUCACCAAAACAGCAUUUGUACAAAAUAUCGUAUUCAGGAAGCAGUGUGUUUUGUAUAAUGUUUUAUAUACCAUUUCAUGUAAGAGACUAUAAAUAAGUGAAGUUGUAUUUUAUUUAAAGCAGAGAAAAAAAGAGUACAACACAAUAAAAUUAUUGCACAUUUA